AUGAAAGAAGCACUAACAAAAUGGUGUUCAACAAAAUCAAAUAAAGCAAAUAUAAAAUAUUUAGCAUAUGGAAAAACAACAGAAGGAAACAAUCGUCAUGAUCAUGUCUUCUUCAUUCUAGAAGAUCAAGUAGAUGUUAUGAGAAAACCUUUCGUAAAAAUAAAAGGAGUAGAUAUGAAAAUCAACUUUAGUCCUUUUACUAGACUAGAUGCUUUCGAUGGUUCUUACUUAAGUGUUAUAGAAUAUAUUAAAAACCAAGGUAAACACCACAAUACCAAAUCUAGUUUCGAGGAGUAUGGAAAUUUAAAAACAACAAAGGGUUGUAAAGUAAGUGACUCGAUUAAUGAAAAAGCAUUAAGAAUGACAUCAAAAGUAGAAGCAAUUGCAUAUUUAAGAAAUGUCAAUCCAUCAUGGGUAAUGAACAACGAAAAAAAGUUUGGAGAGAUGUAUGAUAAACAACACAGUAGGGACAAAAGACAUAGAAUAAAUAUCAAACUUAGUCAAUGGAAAGAAACGAAUUCUGUAGUUCAAGGUGCUAGAGCAUGGCUUCAUACAAUAGAAACAAUAGACAUUAAAAAGCCACCAGCAUUAGUAAUUGUAUCGGACACUAAACAUGGCAAAACAGAAUUUAUCAACGAUCUUCUAAAAGACAAACAAGUUGACGAAUUCAGAGGGAGAAUUAUGGUUGAUAGUCACGAAGAGAGCAGAGAAUAUGACUACAGUCUUUUCGAUGAUGCAAAUUUAUGUUCAAUAGAAUGGGAAGAUUUUGAAAGCCAUAAUAUCUACUAG